AUGGGAGCAUACAGUGGUUAUGGUUAUUAUACUCAAUCAUAUGGUGAACACGACAAUUUAAGAUAUAUGUCUCAUCCCUCGUCCUCAUCGACGCCAUCUACAUAUUCGAUGCCUGCUGCCUCACCAAUGCCUUCUACUUCACCGAUGCCUCCUACCUCAUUGAUGCCCCCUACUUCACCGAUGCCUCUUGCCUCGCCCAUGCCUCCUACCUCACUGAUGCCUCCUACUUCACCGAUGCCUCUUGCCUCGCUCAUGCCUCCUACCUCACUGAUGCCUCCUACCUCACCGAUGCCUGCGCCUCACCAAUGCCUCCCUCUCCUCCUUCUCCAGCUCCUCAUCAUUAAAUAUUUGUUUGUUUAA